AUGUCAGAAGAGACUAAAGCACCACCAGCAGCCCCAGUGCCAUUUGGCUUCCCCGGACAACCCGGAGGUUUCCCAGCCUUCCCCUUCGCCCAGCCACCCAAAGAAGGCGACAAGACAGAUAACGCUGAAGCCGCUGCUCCCGCUGCUCAGCCAUUCUUCGGCGGAUUCCCCGGUGCUUUCCCUGGUGCUUUCCCCGGCGCUUUCCCCGCUCCUCCAAAGGAAGGCGACAAGACCGACAACGCUGAAGAAGCUCCCAAAGCUCCUCAGGGAUUCGGCCCAUCUCCAUUCCCAUUCCCAGGUGGCUUCCCAGGAUUCGGCCCCCCACCCGCCGCCGAUGCCGCUGAUUUCGGUGGAUUCCCUGCUGGUGGAUUCCCCGCAGGAGGAUUCCCUGGUGGCUUCCCUGCUGGACCUCCCCCACAAGGUGACGCUGCCGACUUCGGUGGUUUCCCAGGUGGAUUCCCUGGUGGAUUCCCCGGUGGAUUCCCAGCAGGACCUCCCCCAGCUGAAGACGCUGCUGACUUUGGCGGUCCCGGUGGAUUCGGUGGAUUCCCUGGCGGAUUCCCCGCUGGUGGUUUCCCCGCUGGCCCUCCUCCUCAGGGUGAUGCUACUGACUUCGGCGGUUUCCCCGGUGGCUUCCCAGGUGGAUUCCCUGGCGGUUUCCCUGCUGGCCCUCCUCCAGCUGAGGAUGCUGCUGACUUUGGCGGUCCCGGCGGCCCUGGUCUCGGUGGUCCAGGCGGCCCAGGCCUUGGCGGUCCAGGCGGCCCUGGUUUUGGUGGCCCCGGCGGCCCUGGCUUUGGUGGCCCCGGCGGCCCCGGCGGUCCUGGAUUCGGAGGACCAGGUGGCCCAGGAGGAUUCGGCCCUGGCCCAGCUCCCCAAGCUUUUGGCGCUCCCGGACAAGGUCCCCCAGCUCCCGACGCCGCUGCCGGACCCGAUGCUGCCCCAGCUGACAAGCCCGACAAAUCCAAGAAAUCCCGACGACGACGAUAA